CAGUCAGAUAAAAGCUGCAGCAUCAGUUGCUGCUGCACUCAGCUCAUUCUGCCGGACCCGCAAACAGCUACUGCUGGAGCAGUUACAGCCCAUCAAACCUCCAUCAGACCCCUGCCUGUGCGCUCCGGCAGGCCGCAGGUGAACGGCUCCUGUGCGGCUGAGCGGCUCGGAGAUGCCGGUGCAGAUCCCGGACGACUCGGACUUCUCCUCGUUCAAAGAUCAGUGUCUGAGCGCGGACGGAUGGACGAGCCGCUACAACAAGGGAGGAGUGACGGUGUGGUGCCGAGACCAGGAGAGCAGCACGGUGCAGAAACUUAAGAUGAGGAUAGUGUGUAAAGACGUGAUGGCAGAGACGCUGUACGAUGUCCUCCAUGACACUAGCUACAGGAAGAAGUGGGACACCAACAUGAUCGACACGUACGACAUCGGCAGGCUGACCGUCAACGCAGACGUCGGAUACUACUCCUGGAAAUGUCCAAGUCCUCUGAAGAACCGGGACUUUGUGACGAUGAGGUCUUGGCUUCCACUCGGCAACGACUUCCUCAUCAUCAACUACUCGGUCAAACAUCCGCAACAUCCUCCAAAGAAGGACUACGUCCGAGCCGUGUCUCUGCUCACUGGAUAUCUGAUCCAGUCCAACGGCGCCGCCGGCUCCACCCUCUACUACCUGACCCAGGUGGACCCUCGAGGUUCUUUACCAAAGUGGGUGGUGAACAGAGUUUCUCAGUUUGUGGCUCCAAAGGCCAUGAGGAAGAUCUACAAGGCGUCCCUGAAGUACCCGGAGUGGAAGCGGAAACACAACCCAUCCCUGAAGCCGUGGAUGUUUCCGGAGCAGAACACGCUGCCGUGCAUCAACGUGUCAGAGCUGACACUGCAGCGGGCCGACUCUCUGGAGAACAUCGACGAGAGCAGCGUGAGCGAGGAGAAGACCAACCACAGCGACGACGAGGAGACCUAGAGCGUCUCUGGUUCCUCUGUCGGUUUGUUGGAUCAGAUGGACUUCAGCUGGAAACUGGAAACAUGUCUGAAUAUCUACAGCCACUCCUGUUCUGUUUUGUUUCUGUUAUUGGUUCUCGUUCUGUUUCUGCUUCUGUCUGCAGCCACUCAGGUUCUCUUCAGGAAUGUAAAAACUCUGGGUGCUGUUCUUGAUGCUAACUUCUCUCCUCCUGUGGAAUCCACCAUCAUGGAGGAUCCUCCAAUUGACUCGCUCAAAGUCUCAGAUUCUGUACAGUUCACUUAUUUGUUAUUUAGAACCCAAAACUAAGUUCUAUUAAAUAUUUUUGGCUGAUUUUUGAGAAUUUAAUUUUUUCAGGCUUGCAUUAUUUUUAUUUUUUUUCUGUUCGAUGUCAAACAAACAAAACAAACAAGAAAAACAAAUGGAACAUGAAGCCAUUUUUAAGGUUCUCCAGAAAUAACUCACACAGCCAUGGAACCUGGUGAGAGCAGACAGAAUAGCUUCAAGCAGAUCCAUGUGACUAAAUGGCUCCAGCAGAGGACACAUUUUAAAUGGUUGUUACUUGAAUAUGGAAGAAGUGCCAAAUUAUCAAAUGUCAUUGGUCUUUGGGCCCCAGAAAGUUCCUGUAUGUGUGUAUAUAUGGAUGUAUCUAUCUUUCCUACUACAAUUUCAGUCUUUGGUUGACAUUUCACCAAAUUCUGAUGCUCUAACAUCAGUAGAAUUUGAUAUAUGGCCAACCAAACUUCAACCAUUUUUUACUAUUUUGACAAAAAUGGUGAUGUAGGAGACAACUGGUGUUUAUAUAUUGUCAUUAUAAUGUACAACAUUACAAGCUGCUUCCAUGAUGUCUCCAUGUUGAAAUUAAACAUGUGAUUCUUCAAAAAGCCUAAUCACUUGAUGAAAUGUCACUCAGACUCUAUUUUUAGCAGGAAAUAACAAUGCAUCCACAUAUAUAUGUACGGUCCCUGACAAAAGUCUUGUUGUUUCUCUUAAGUUGUAGGAACAACAAAUAACAACUGGACUUGUAGUUGAUCAAUUGGAAUCAGAAAUGGCUCAUAUGAAUGACAAAGCCCUCUAGAUUAUAUUUAUUAUGUCAAAAUAAAGUUUUGAAUGAUU